AUGUCGUGGUUAUCCCAAGUGCUCGAGCGAAAUGGCUCUGACCCUCGAGUUCGACUCGAACUUGGUCGUGAGUUGCUCGAUCAUUUGGCCAUCAACCGUUUACCGUCUGAUUCGAAGAUUCUCAACGAAUUCUGUGAUGUGCUAUUUCAAUGGCUGGCUAGCAGCAAUUAUAAGGUGUCCUUACUGUCACUGGAAAUUUUUGGAGCAUCGCUUGAAGCGUCUGGUGAUCUGUUAGCACCGUACCUCCUUGAACGGGUCAUACACGUACUUGAAAGGUUAGUCCCUAUCUUUAUUAUUUUGUCUUUUUUUGUCAACUGCAGCUAA